UUUGAAAUUGUCAAAAGUGGAAAAAGUGUUGCAACUGCCAUAGAGUAUCUGGAGAAAUUCAGAUUUGAACAGUUCAGGAGCCAGGAGGCCAGGACUUGGAAACACACCCCAGCAUAGAGGAUCGGCUCAUCGGCAUCGACGAACCGUCAAGAACGACAAGUCGCCGACACAGCGACGCUUGGCCGCCUGCUGCCCUGCCCAUUCUCAGUGCUCAGCAGCCUCAGCCUUCAGGUGCGCUGCACGCCUUGAUGCCUGCCGCCUGGCAUCAACCUUUCUUCUUCCGCUUCUAGUCCCAGGCCCUGCGGUUUGUGUUCGACCCUUCUCACCUUCUGGGAGUUGUGGAAUUAUGCUUUCAAACCAACAUGACCGGUCUUGGGUUCCUCAGAGCUCGCCUUAAAGUUGCAAGAACAAAGGGCACACCACUACUCAAGAACUUUUAGGCUGUUUUGGAGAAAUUCAAGGCUAAAAGCCCAAUUUAGCUUAGCUCUAAACUGAGUGGUACCCCAAUUUUACUAUGGCUCUAUUUCAAAACACAAACCGUCAGCUUCCAUUAAUGAAUCUCGUGAGGCUACAAGGUGUACCCAUUUUGGAACAGUUGUGCUUAGAGGAACGGUUGUUAAGGACUUCGUCUGACAAUUGGUGUAUCAUUAAUGAUGGAACAGAUCAACCCACUGUAGUUAUGGGUGUUUCGGGGAAGCCUACUGAACUUAUUGAAGUUAAUUCUGUUUUACAAGAUAAGGUUCCAGUCAUCAAAAGGUUCACUGGUGGAGGCACUGUAAUUGUUGAUCAUGGGACUAUAUUUGCUACCUUCAUAUGCAAUAAGGAUGCUGUUCCUGGGGUGAAACCUUACCCCCAACCUAUCAUGAGCUGGAGCAGCUUAUUGUAUGGAGACGUGUUUCGAGGAAUACGAGAAUUUGCUCUUCGUGAGAAUGAUUAUGUAUUUGGCAGCCACAAGUUUGGUGGAAAUGCACAGUCAAUCACAAAAAGUAGGUGGAUUCAUCAUACAUCUUUUCUGUGGGAUUAUGCAAUACAUAACAUGGCUUACCUCAAGUUUCCAAAACGAGCCCCUGACUAUAGACAGGCAAGAGGGCAUUUGGAUUUCAUAUGCAGCAUGAAGGAGUUCAUGUCCAGACCAGAAUUUAUGGGUAGGACCAUAGAUGCAUCCAGAAAUUAUUUUUAUGUAAGACGAUUGGAACUGGAAGAAGUUGAACACUCACUGGACAUGAAGUUUACACCUACUUCUAGGCUGCUUAUGGCAGAAGAGUUAGAGGGGACUGCCAUUGUCUCACAUUCCAAAACCCCCAUAUCUCAGUCGAUGUGAUUCUGAAACUUUUAUCAUGUCAUCUCUUGAUUCUCUAUUAAUCUUCAAGAACUAUAUAGUAACCCAGGUGUGGAGAGCUUCCUGGUUAUUUUUGAGCACGUGAAGUUUUUGUUGCACCGCUCAUAACCUCUUGACGGACGCUAGCACUAAAAAAUGUCAUGACUGCAUAUAUUGGUCACUAACUAUGUGGUACACCCAGUUUUACCUUUGCCAUGGUGAAUAAUCGGA